AUUCCUUUCUAGUUCUAACGUAUUCCAUCUAACAAAUAUGCUGGGUAACAUGGCAUCCGAGCUGUCACCCUUUACUUUAUCUCCCGCCACUUUCCCAUGACCUUGGCGGUUUUUUCGAAAUAAGAGAGCGAGAGAGAGAGAGAGAGAGAGAGAGAGAGAGAGAGAGAGAGAGUUAACCAACCUUACCCGAUUCCCCAUAUAACCUCUCGUUCAGCUGAAACUCGCAAGUUGAUGAAAACGAAGCGCAUUUCGAAUUGGGUUCCCUUCAAAUGGACACUGAGAUCUUUCAUUUCUUGUUUCUUGAUUCUUGUUUCUUUUAUUUUCUAGAAUUCUCUUUUUGAUUUGAAAUUGUGAUUGCUAUAAAAGGUUUGAAUCAACAACUAGUACUACUACUACUACUCGCAAUUCGACGAUUCGAUUUCGAAGAACUGAUUCGCUUUCUCCAUUCUCAUUCGCCUCAUCGAUUUGUGCUUUAAAAUAGAAGAUGCAAGUUCCAAAGAAGCGCAUUUCCUAUUCUCUCUCUCGUUUCUCUAUAGCUGAGCUAACUGAUCCAGUUUUCGCCGCAAGACUACUCCUCGCUUGUCAUCUCAGUUCAACUGCCGGAGGCAAAGCUUCUGGGAGCAAAAGAAAAAGAAGUAUCCACGUCUCAGGAGCAAGACAGUCGCUUGCCAGCGCAAUGCAUAGUGUUGGUAUAGAUGAAGAAACAUCGCAACAACAUGCUGUUGGUAGUGAUGUUGGUCAGGAACAACAUAUUUCAUCUUCGCCUGAAGGAGACCGUAAAAUUGAUAUCGAGAAGCAGAUCUUCUGUAAUAGAUCUCUAAAUAUGAAGAAUAUUGUUGCAGUUGGGUUUGAUAUGGAUUACACCCUUGCACAGUACAUGUCUGAAACAUUUGAAUCCCUCACAUACAAAGGAACAAUUGAGAAGCUGGUUUCUACUAUGCGAUAUCCAGAAGAGUUACGGGCCUGGUCCUUUGAUUGUAAAUACAUGAUCAGGGGUUUAGUUCUUGAUAAGAAAAGAGGAAACAUCUUAAAGAUGGAUCGCCACAAAUAUGUAAAAGUUGCCUAUCAUGGCUUACGUGAGAUAUCAAAGGAAGAUAAAAUAGCGAAUUAUGGGAACACCUUGAUACGGAACUCAUUUGAUGAACCUGAUUAUGCUCUUAUUGAUACUCUUUUUGCAUUACCUGAAUCCUACCUAUUUGCGCAACUUGUGGACUUAAAGGAUAACAAUCCUGAAAAAGUUCCCCAUGGUGCUGACUACUCUCAGAUGUACAGAGAUGUUCGAGCUGCAGUUGAUAUGUGCCACCGUGAUGGAACUUUGAAGAAAAUGGUUACCAAUGAUCCUAGGAUGUAUAUUAAUGAGGAUCAUUCAGUUGUGCCCAUGCUUAAAAUGCUAAGAGAUUCUGGUCGUAAGACAUUCUUGGUGACAAACAGUUUAUGGGACUUCACAAAAGUUGUGAUGAAUUUCCUCUGUUGCUUUCAAUCUCCUGAUGGUAGUUCCUCAUGCAACUAUGAUUGGCUUGACAACUUCGAUGUUGUCAUAACUGGCAGCUCAAAGCCAAGAUUUUUUCAUGAAGAUAAUCGUGCUAGCUUGUUUGAGGUUGAUACCGAGUCAGGGAUGCUAGUUAAUACAGAUAACGGCUCUCCUUGCCCUCAGAUUGGGGAUACUGCACCAAGAUUACCUUCUAAGGGGCUGAAGAAGGAUUGUAAAGUUUUCCAGGGAGGGAAUGUUGGUCAUCUGCAUAAACUGCUUCAAAUUGAAUCAAGUUCACAGGUUCUUUAUGUUGGGGAUCACAUUUAUGGAGAUAUUUUGCAAAGCAAAAAAGUUCUGGGAUGGAGAACAAUGCUAGUCAUUCCAGAACUUGCUAAUGAGCUUAAACUACUUGGGAAUUCGAGGGAUAGUCGUAAGGGACUUAGAUUGCUAAGGAAAGAGCGUGAUGUUAUUGAGAACAGAAUACAUAAUCUGCAAUGCUCUCUCUCUCUCAAGUCUACAGGUAUUAAAGCUGAGGAUAUGCUGAACGUUUCUCCUGAACUCAGAGAAUUGGAGUCACAAAGGGAAGAGAAGUGUCUCCAACAUCAACAAACUCAGCAACAAUAUCACCAUAGGUUUCACAAAGUUUGGGGACAACUCAUGAAGACUGGGUACCAGAACUCUCGCUUUGCACAUCAGGUGGAGAGGUUUGCCUGUCUCUACACGAGCCAAGUGGCCAACCUGCUUCUGUAUCCCCCUGACAAACACUAUAGGCCCAGUGACGAUUUCAUGCCGCAUGAAUUUGAUAUUCUCACAGAAUGAUCGACAGAUUGGUGGAAUAUUGAGACCUGAAAAGCGUCAAGGAGUAUUUCCAAAGAGGGGUGGAAUAUAAGCAUGUCAAUUUGUACCAUAUCCAUGUUAUGUGAAACACAUUUCAAAGGGCUCAUAAUUUUUGAGCAUUUGUUUUAAGUUUACAAGUAGAAUUACAUUUUUUUUUUUUUCGUUAUUGACUUCACAAGAGGUACUGGUUUUAUUAGCUUCUUUGAAAGUGAGGUAGAUGAAAGCUGCUUGAAGUUGGUCUACC